CGCUCCCUCCCCGCUCCCCUUUGAGGACAACAACAAUUGCGGCCUUUCCCCACCAACUACCAUAUGUAGUCCCAUCGCUGCUUUUCUUGCUAGCUCGCUUGGUGCACAGCAGCUGACGCACUUGCACUUGCAAUGGCCACUCCCGCAGGCGCACCAACUACCUCCUUGUCCACAAGGAGUAUCGCCGCCGCCGCCGACACUGACACCGACGACGAGGGCUUUGACGAACUGUGUCUAUUACCUUCUCACCAUAACAGCAACAGCGACAGUACCAACAACAACAAAAGCGAGCAGUCGCCCUCUUACUCGGAAAACAGCUGGAAGUCGACUCAUGGCCUUCCACCUACUUCCGUAUCUUUCGCCACUUGGUCUGAAAUAGAGCGCGCUGAAUUCGCAUUUGCUCUCCUCCAAACCCUUUCGGCCCCUCUCCUGGGCUCCAUCUCCCGCCGCAUCCAGCCUCUCCUCGCCCGUGACUUUAUCGCCCGUCUUCCACUUGAAAUCGCUGCUCACAUCCUCAGCUACACGAACCCACGGACGCUAGUCCGCGUCGCACGCGUCUCGUCGGAAUGGAGGGCUGUAGCAUACGAUAACUCCGUCUGGCAUAGCUUGUAUGUAGGCAAAGGGUGGAAGAUCAGCGAUAACUACCUCAAUGAGAGGGUUCGCUGGAGCAAUGACGUUGAGCGGCGGAGGCUGAGGAAGGAGAGCCGAAGGGCACACGGGAGGAAAAAGAAAGAUGACCUGAUGGACGAAUUCCAGAAUGUGAAGAUUUGCGAUUCGGCAGGUGAUCAUAUCGGCGUCGCCCGAACCUACAGCAACACUCGUAGCACUAGUAGUAGUAGCAGCAGUAGCAGCGAUAGCGAAACCGAUCACGAGGAGCCAGCAGCGUCGACAACGGCACUCGCAGCAGAGCAACCCUCCUCAACAUCCCUUCUCAAACCUCGCUCAUCACUCUCAUCCCUCAUCGACCGCGGCACCAUCCCCUCCCCCUUCGGCCGCCCCCAAAGCCGACUCUCCACCGCCAGCCACUUCUCCCAUACCUCCUCCUCAACCCCCUUAAUCCCCUGGCGCGAGAUCUACCAUCAACGCCACAACCUUGCCCAAAACUGGCUCCACAACCGCUGCAGCACCACCGUUUUCCAGGGGCACACCGAGGCCGUGUACUGCCUCCAAUUCGAUUCGCGGAAGAUCGUUUCGGGGUCGAGGGAUAAAACGCUGAAGAUAUGGGAUACCCGGUCGGGACAUUGUAAGGCCACGUUGAGGGGACAUACCGGGUCCGUAUUGUGUCUGCAAUACAAUGAAAACAUCAUCGUCUCCGGCUCUUCGGAUUGGAGCAUGAUCGUGUGGGACGUGCGGAGUGGCAGGAUGUUGCGGACGAUGACGGGACAUAUGGAGAGUGUGCUGAAUUUGAGGUUUGAUGAGAAGUGGGUGGUUAGUUGUAGUAAAGAUACGACUGUCAAGGUGUGGGAUCUGGAGUCGGGAAAGCUGGUGAGGACGAUGGUGGGGCAUCGGGCGGCGGUUAAUGCGGUGCAGAUGAAGGGGAGGGUGGUUGUUUCUGCGUCUGGAGACCGCUCCAUCAAACUAUGGGACCUCCACACCGGCGCCCACCUCAAAACCCUCCUCGGCCACACCCGCGGCAUCGCGUGCAUUCAAUUCGACGGGGAUCUCAUCGUCUCCGGGUCUUCAGACAGCACAAUAAAACUUUGGUCAGCCCCCACCGGCACCCUUCUCCGCACCAUCGACGGGCACACCUCCCUCGUCCGCACCCUCCAAUUCGACGACACCCGGAUCGUUUCGGGGAGCUAUGACGAGACUAUCAAAGUCUGGGAUUUGAAGACGGGGGAGCUUCUUCUGGAUUUGUGUGGGGGUGGGAAUCUGGGGGCGACGAGGAUGGGAGUGGAGGGCGCGGGUGGGAUUACGACUGUGGGGGCGGCGGCGACGAAUGUGGGGACGACGCCGACCCGCGCGCAUUCUGGCCGCGUGUUCAAACUUGCGUUUGACGAGACGCGGAUCGUUAGUUGUAGUCAGGACCAGACCAUCAUCGUCUGGGACUUUGCCAAGGGCGUUGAUUCGCGAUACUUUGUCUAGGACGGUCUGCGAACGCUUUCAACGAGCACCCCGAUACC